AUGCAAGGAAGUGAUGAAAAUAGCUUUAAUGACGACGAUGAUUUCCUUCUACAAGAAAAUUCGGCUAUCUUGAGCAUUCUACCGCUGUUAAUACAAGAUCUAUUUCAUUGGGAAUCACAUCUUGAAAUUUUGCUAAAAUUUCUACAGAACCAGAUAGAGGCGUCAGAGGUCUUGGAAGAGAGUCAAACGAUUCAAUUGCAAGCUAUUUAUUCCCAAAUACAAGAAAUUUCAGAGAAAGGGAUGGUGGAGAACUGCCAUCAGAAAGAUGUGUUGGUGAUAGACGAGAACAAGAGUAUCCUAUUGGCAUUUACAUUCGGAAGAGCCUUUGCAGACGCCUUGAGCAUUCUUUCUGAUCCGAGAAAUAUAAAUAUCGUUGUUUAUUGCGAAGAAGGGACCGACGAAAACCUAGUUAACGAACUUGGCGCCAACUACCUCCAGGGGAAGUUCGAAUCUACCGGUUCCAAUGCUUGCCUUCCAAUUAGCGUCAAGGUAACACAGGUGAAACAGAUCAGAGAAAGCUCUAAAGGAAGAGUAUCUAAAAAGAGAAUGGCCGAAAUCGGCCAAAGGUUGGCUCAUUUGAAUCUAGAAAAAAUGUUGCACAACGCCGGGCUCACUAUCAACGACGCUGGUGAACUCACAACGAUACCAAAAUCCACCAGUAUCCUUAAUAUCCCGACCAAUACUCUGAAACCAACUACUAUGUUUUCGGCUAAUUCCGUCGAGAGAACUCGGCUCCAGAAAGAACUAGACGCAGCGGUUGCAACAAAACGCGAGCUGUAUGUCGUAGACUUGAAGUCAUGGUACUGUUCUUGUGACGAAUUCCAGGCAUCCUACGUACCCCAGACCACGCCUGAUACCCUGGACAAUGACUCUGAUACUCAUUGCCCCAUAUCUCCCUACGAUACCUUGUCUACACCCGCUGGACUCUAUAUGAUGGACACAGAUGAUUUAAUUGCAAAAUGUCACGACAACCCAAUAACCCGUUAUUUCCGUUCACUCCUGCCCCACAACCAAACCAGACACCUAUCCAAGUUGCCCAUAUGCUGUCAUCUCAUCGCGUUAUCUAUAGCAGCCACUAACUCACCACAUACCCACCGUUAUUUCACCAUAUUGUCCCUGGAUAAUGUAUGGUCAAUGCUUACAUAA